AUGCAUUACUGGAAGACCCUGCUCGUUCCCGGUGUGGCCGCGGCGGCCGUGCUCAAGAGGGACUCCCCAGACUACGAUAAGCUUGCCGAUUGUCCCGGCUAUGCUGCCUCGAACGUCAAGACGACCGGCAACGGUCUGACUGCCGAGCUGAAGCUUGCUGGCCCGGCCUGCAACACGUACGGCACCGACCUCGAGGAGCUUACUCUGUCGGUCACCUACGAGAGCGAGUCCCGUAUCCACGUGAAGAUCCAGGAUCCGGCGGACCAGGUUUACCAGGUCCCCGAGUCUGUCUUCCCCCGGCCCGACGAAGGCUCUUUCUCCGGUGACGCCAAGAUCAAGUUUGACUACACCGAGGAACCCUUUGCCUUCACCAUCAAGAGGGCCGAUACGGAGGAGGUUCUCUUCGACACCUCGGCCGCCUCCAUCGUCUUCGAGUCGCAGUACCUCCGCCUGAGGACGAGCCUGCCCGAGGACCCUUACCUCUACGGCCUCGGCGAGCACACCGACCCCUUCCGCCUCAACACGACCAACUACAUCCGCACGCUGUGGAACCGUGACAGCUAUGGUGUUCCGUACGGCAGCAACCUGUACGGCAGCCACCCCUUCUACAUCGAGCAGCGCGAGACGGGCACCCACGGCGUCUUCCUCCUCAACUCGAACGGCAUGGACGUCAUGGUCAACAAGGACGACGCCGGCCAGUACCUCGAGUACAACACGCUCGGUGGCGUGCUCGACUUCUGGUUCCUCUCCGGCCCCUCGCCCGUCGACGUCGUCAAGCAGUACUCGGACAUUGUCGGCUUCACCCUCGACCCCCGCCGCUACCCCGUCGAGAAGGUCCGCCAGAUCGUCGACUACCUCCACGAGCACGACCAGCACUACAUUGUCAUGGUUGACCCGGCCGUCGCCUACGAGGAGUCGGACAUUGUCAACCGCGGUCGCCAGGACGACAUUUGGCUGCAGCACCCCAACGGCUCCGAGUACCUCGGCGUCGUCUGGCCCGGCGUCACCAUCUUCCCCGAUUGGUUUGCCGAGAACAUCACCAAGUACUGGAACAACGAGUUUGACAUCUUCUUCGACAAGGACACGGGUGUCGACAUUGACGGUCUGUGGAUCGACAUGAACGAGCCCGCCAACUUCUGCAACGGUCUCUGCGAUGACCCCUUUGGCGACGCCGUCGGCUACCCGCCCGAGCCCCCCGCCGUCCGCGAGAACCCCCGCGCCCUGCCCGGCUUUGGCUGUGAGUUCCAGCUCCCCGGUGCCUGCGACGGCAACGCCGAGCGCCGCCAGAUCGAGGCUCACCCCGCCCGCCCCCGUGCCGCCGGCGCCGAGACGUCUUCGCUCGACGUCCGCCAGACCGGCUCGGGCGACCGCAAGGGUCUCCCCGACCGCGACCUCCUGUACCCCAAGUACGCGAUCCACAACGACGCGGCGGGGCCCGACGUGUCGUGGAACGCGGACCGCGGCGGCCUCUCGUUCAAGACGGUCAAGACGGACAUUGCGCACCAGAACGGUCUCGUCAUGUACGACACGCACAACCUCUAUGGCGCCAUGAUGGGCAAGGCGUCGCGCGACGCCAUGAUGGCGCGCCGCGAGGGCCUGCGGCCCUUCAUCAUCACGCGCAGCACGUUCCCCGGCGACGGCAAGGCCGUGGGCCACUGGCUCGGUGACAACCUUUCGCAGUGGGACCACUACCGGUUCGCCAUCUACACGACCAUGACCUUCUCGGCGCUGUACCAGUUCCCCAUGGCCGGCUCGGACGAGUUCUACCGCUGGCCCGCCGUCGCCGAGUCGGCCCGCAAGGCCAUCGACAUCCGCUACCGCCUGCUCGACUACAUCUACACGGCCAUCUACAAGGCCACCGUCGACGGCAGCCCGACGCUGAACCCCAUGUACUUCAUCUACCCCGAAGACCGCGCCACCUGGGCCCUGCAGCACCAGUUCUUCUACGGCGACGCCGUCCUCGUCGCCCCCGUCACCGAGCAGGAUGCCACGAGCGUCGACGUCUACCUGCCCAAGGACACCUUCUACGACUGGUACACCCACCGUCCCAUCCGUGGCAAGGGCGCCCUGCACACCUUUGAGGACCAGGACGUCACCGACAUUCCGCUGCUCAUCCGCUCCGGCAAGAUCCUGCCGCUGCGCGUCGCCUCGGCCAACACGACGACGGCGCUGCGCCAGAACGACUUUGAGCUGCUCGUCACCCUCGACGUCGACGGCAAGGCCAGCGGCGAGCUGUACCUCGACGACGGCGUGUCGCUCGUCCAGCAGGGCCACACCCUCAUCGACUUCACCUUUGAGAACGGCGUGCUCUCCCUCGACGGCACCUUCGGCUACGAGGUCGACGUCAAGAUUGUCAAGGUCAAGGUCCUCGGCGCCUCGUGCCGCACCGGUGCUGGUAAGGAGGGCCGUGGCAGCAAGACUGUCAAGGUUGACCUGUCGCUGAACAAGGCGGGCUCCGUCAAGGUCUGGUGA